AUGCAUAUGACAGAAAAUCAAGACAUUUCCGACGUGUGUGCGGAUUGCUCAGCCCUAUCCCCGCAAUGGGCUUCUGUCAAUCGGGGUGUACUGUUGUGUGACGAGUGUAGUGCGGUGCAUCGCCAACUCGGACGGCACAUCAGUCAGGUAAAACAUUUGAAAAAGUCCCGAUGGCGAUCGACACAGUUGGAAAUGGUUCGUUAUUUGGCCGCCGCGUGUGCAAAUCGGUACUGGGAACACGUGUUGUACGAGCCUAUAACGCGGAAACCCAAUCCAACGGAUGCUAUGCAUCCCACAAAGGCGGAUUUUAUUCGUGAAAAGUACCUAUUUUUGGGAUUCUUCAAAAAACCGCGCAGUAUCAAUCUGGACGAUUUGAAUCAACAAUUGCAUGCCAGUGUUCGUACCAGUGUACUGGAGACAAUGGCUAGCCAGAUUCGCACACACCGCAAUACCUUUUAUGGACAUUGCGAAGAUAAUAUGGUGGAGGAAAGCCAGCCACAUCCUCAAACCUCUCCAAUGAUCGUCCCGGACCGCUUAUUCAAUAAAACAAUUCCUGUCUGUGCACAGUUAUUGUACUGUAUUGUACUGUGUAUAACUUUUGCAAGCACUGGAGCUCACAUUUCAGUUAAAAAGCAUACACGCUAA